AUGGCCAGCCUCGGCCUCGGCACGAGCCUAUUUGCGCUCCGGAGGCAGCUCCUCGCGACGCCCUGCCGAACAGCGACCCCUCGCCUCUUCGAUGCGACUCGAUCGAGGCUGCUCAGCAGCACCGCCUUUCGACCCAAUGCGGCCGCCAAAUCGGCGCCUAGGACGAUCAAGCCUUCUGCGUCCGUGCUCCGGGCGAAACCACAACCUCCAGCGCGUGGCACGCCGGCGCCGACACGAUAUGCUUUCAUCAAGAGUCUGGGCGCCAAGACGACACCGACGAUAUUGUACGAAUCGUCCUCCCAUUUCUGGUUCUACUUUGGCUGCUGGUCGAGUGGCAUCACCAUCUUGGCAUGGACAGCCUUGACAGGGCCCACGGUCGUGCACCAGCCCGAAGGCACCCCGUCCUGGGUCGGCUACGUCUUUGGCGCUGCCUACGUGCUGCUGGGCUCAAUGGCCUUUUAUAUCCUCUCCAAGACCCCCAACGUCGUCCGAUCGAUUCGCCUGCUGCCAGCCGUGCCAUCACCAGCGCCAGUCGUCGUCGCCCCUCGUGCCGCUGCCGCCGCCGCUCAGCCCCUCACAGCCGCCUUGCCAGCCACGGCUGCCGCUACGGCCAUGCCGCAGCUCGAAGUCACAGUCAAUCGCAUGGUGCCCAUGCUGAGCCCCAAGAUUCUCGUCACAAGCUUGGACAAUGUCGCGCUCAAGUCGCGCUUCUCGCUGCCGGAUGAGUACGUGCCGGAGCUGAAGCGCUUGGAGCAGCAGCGCGCGGCGGAGGAGACGCGCGCCAAGCAGCGCACGUUUGACCUGCAGCAUCUGCUGACGAUACCGUUUCGACAUAUCGCACGUGCUGUGUCCGGCUUCUUUCGGGGCGUGCGCGCGGCUUGGACGGACAUGGGUUUUGCUACGAUCAAGGUUGGGGGCAAGGAGUUCAAGGUGGACGUCACCAGGGGCUUUGCUCACGAGGGAUUCAAGACGUUGGAACGGUUGGUAUCUGUUGGAUAUAAGAGUGGUUAA